UCCGCCAAAGACCCCCCUUUUAUUUUGGCGCUCUAGGGUUAGGGUUUUUCUGCAACUCGGAUAGUCACAGAACUCAGAUGGCAAAGAAAAAGGCGAUAGUUGAGGCAGAAUCGGACCAUAUGGGCGAUAUAAAGUCAAUGUUGGAUCAACAUGCUGAAUUCUUUGACAAGUUGAUAGAGCUCAUCCCCGCGAGAUUCUACUUGUCUGAUGAUUCAGAGAAGAAGUGGUUUCCCGGUCUUAAAAAGGCAGAGAAGGAAGUGGCCAAGAGAGAGACGAAUGAGAACAUCAAGAAAGCUAGGAGAGAUAGGUUGGACCCGGAGAAAUCUUCUUUGACGACUCUUGAUUUGUUGAAGCAGAAGCUGGAGAAGGAAAAAUCGAGCAAUGAAGUUGAUGCUGACGAUGAUGAGGAUGAAGAGAAGGGUAUCAAGCCUAUGAUGGAGGGUUUACGGGAUGACGAUAGAUCUGUUACAUAUGAGGAGCUAAGGCAACGCCUGCAUCGCAGAAUCGAAGAGCUUAGGGCUGGGCGUGGAGGGUCAGAUAAACCAAAGAGGGAUGAUAGGAACAAGAACAAGAAGCAGAUUCAGCAAAAUAAGAGAAAGAGGGAUUCGGGUUCUUCUGAGGGGAAGUCUGGGGGUGUGAAGUCGACCGAUAAAGGUAAGGGUAAGAUUGAUGUAGAAGAGGCUGCAAAGGAACUCACUUUUGGUCAUGUCAAAAUUGGGGAUGAGGAAGAGAAUGGGAAAAAGAAAAAGAAACAAAAACUUUCAAAGGCGAAAGAACUUGAGAAGGCAUUGAAAUUGGAGGCGGCAAAGAAAGAUCCCGAGAAAGGAGAUAUUAUUGCAAAGAAACACUCGUGGCAGGCAGCUACAAGCAGAGCUGCUGGUGUAAAGGUUCAUGAUGAUCCCAAGUUGUUGAAACAAAGCAUUCAUAAGGGAAAGAAGAGACAUGAGAAGAAUGCAGAGAAGUGGAAGGAGAGGGUAGAAAACCAACAGAAGAUGAAGAUGGAGAAGCAGCAUAAGAGAUCGGAGAAUAUUUCUGGUAGGAUUCACGACAAGAAGAUGAGGAAGAUUGCAAAGAGGGAGAAAAAACUCUUACGCCCGGGCUUUGAAGGACGGAAGGAAGGCUUUAUUAACGAAGGUGAAACCUAAAACCGAGAUCUUGCAUUGACCUUCUCUGUGUUCAAUACUGAAGAAUGUGGUAACAUCUUAGUAAUGUGGAAAAUUCUUUAUAAUAGUCCGGGCACUGGCAAUGUAUGUUAAAGUUUCAUCCUUUAUUCAGUUGAUAGACUUAAACAAAUGAUUCACAUGCUUCUUUGCAUUUAAUACGUUGAACCAAGAAUGUUCUUGGAUGAAAAGAAAUUUUGAUACA